AUGCCAUCACCCAUUCCUCUGAAUUGUUUUCUUCCUUUCGAGUUUUCCCCAUCUGCUGAUUUGCGACCUUGCAGCAGCCCCUUAGUUAUCCCUGGCAAAGACAGCAAAAACUUUUUGGGAGGAACUCCUUCAGUCCGGACUCGCCGCUUGCCUCCGCGCCUGGCCUGGUGCUCCAUCGACUGGGAUCAGCUCUGCCUCCUGCAACCCCUUGGCUCCGGGGGCUUCGGUUCUGUCUACAAAGCCACCUACCAUGGUGCAACCGUGGCUGUGAAGCAGGUGAAGAAGAGCAGCAAAAACCGGCUGGCAUCACGACAGAGCUUCUGGGCUGAGCUGAACGUAGCCCGGCUACAGCACAAUAACGUGGUACGUGUGGUGGCUGCCAGCACGUGUGCCCCGGCCAGCCAGAACAGCCUGGGCACCAUCAUUAUGGAGUAUGUGGGCAACAUCACCCUGCACCAUGUCAUUUAUGGCACCAGGGAUGCGUGGAGACAGGGUGAGGAUGAUGAAGGAGGAUGUGGAAGGAAGGCCCUGAGCAUGGAAGAGACUGUGUGCUAUUCUUGUGACAUUAUGACCGGCUUAGCCUUUCUUCACUCCCAGGGCAUUGUGCACUUGGACCUGAAGCCUGCAAACAUCUUCAUCACUGAGCAGGGAGUGUGCAAGAUUGGAGACUUUGGGUGCUCCCAGAAACUGGAGGAGGGCUUUUCCCAGAGCCCCCACGUUUGCCAGCAAGGGGGCACGUACACACACCGUGCCCCUGAGCUCCUCAAGGGAGAGAGGGUCACAGCCAAAGCGGACAUCUACUCGUUUGCCAUCACCCUCUGGCAAAUUGUCAUGCGAGAGCAGCCCUACCUGGGCGAGCGGCAGUAUGUGCUCUAUGGAUAUAACUUACGCCCUUCACUGGCGGCUGCUGUUUUCCACGAGUCACCGGUGGGCCGGAGACUCCAGAGCAUCAUUAGCUGCUGCUGGAAGGCCGAUGUAGAGGAGCGUCUGAGCGCAGCCCAGCUGCUUCCCAGCCUCAGGGCCCUCAAGGGGAGCCUCUAG